ACGGGCCUCGGUGCGGGUCUUGGAUGUGAGCGCAUUUCUGCACGUCGUCUCCAGUCAAUGCAAUCAUAACCACCCCCCCCCCCCCCCUCUGUUGUACGAGUCCUUCGCGCUGAGUGGAUAUCCCGGAUGUGCCUAAAAACCCAGUGUGGUGCAGCAGCACGUCGAGGCUGGCAGAUAAAGAAGAACCGACAGCCGGGCUGGAUAAAGCACUCCACUGCGUAAGCGUUCCAACUACUGUGAUGACGGUUGGCUGACCUUCCAGCAUGCAGGGAGGCAAGGUGACACAUCCCAUCGCCUGCCUGUGCAGAAGUGUGGCACAGGAGAUAGAGCUUGAGCUGUCCGCCGACCAUUCUGUCCUCAAUUUCUGCCAUUGCGCCGCCUGUCGCACGGUCACGGGCAUGCUGUGCUCUACGUACUAUCCCCUGCAGGCUAAGCCACAAAGUUUUGACGGCCUCCAGCAAUACCGGGAAGCUGACUGCGUAAGCCGCUAUUUCUGUCAGACCUGUGGCGCCCAUGUCUUUGCGCAUGCGAAGCACACAGGGCAAUUCUUUGUUGCAGCCGGAUUGCUAGUGCGGAGUCCUUCCACCAAAUCCAUACGGCAUUGGCGGGCGGCCGAGACGCGUGAUGGCGGUCUGACCCCGUUUCUCCCGGGGGAAUCAGGGAACCCUGCUUCAGCAUGUUGGCUUCACGCCGUUCCGAGCAGUUCUUCCGAGACCAAGUGCGAGCCACCGUCCCGCAGUUCCGACGAACUACUUGCCCGCUGUCAUUGUGGGGGGAUUGAAUUUUAUAUCACGCGGCCGGAUUCUUCAUCCACUAAGCCAACAUCACCGUGGCCCGAUCUGCUUGCGCCGUAUCACUCACGGUCCUCAAGAAACCCUACAGACGUGAAGUGGUGGCUGCAACAUGGAAACACAAGAUAUCUGGCAGGGACUUGUGCCUGUCCAUCGUGUCGCCUAGCCAACGGGUUUCCAAUUCAGUCAUGGGCGUUUGUUCCUAGAGCGAAUCUCUACAGCAUCCGCAGGGCCCCGCUAGCAUUUGGCAAUGGCACCAUGAAGCAAUAUAAUAGCUCCCCGGGGGUUUACCGCGAGUUUUGCAGCUGCUGUGGUGCAUCAAUCUUCUGGCACAGCGAAGAAAGACCGCUGCUGAUAGACGUGAGUGUUGGCCUGCUUCGAGCAGAAGAAGGAUCCAGAGCUAGUGGGUGGUUGAAUUGGGCCACACAAAGGGUAAGCUUUGCGGAGAUGGCAUUGGAUCAAACGUUGAUCCAGCAGCUGCAAGAGGGGCUGGAGAGGAUGGGAGACCAAAACUAGAAUUAGUAAAGUACGGCGUAGAUAGAAGCGAUAGAGCCACUCUCACCGCCUUCUCAAUGCAGUCGAGUCCUUACCCUUCCGCCUCGCCACUAAAAAAAAGAAU